AUGGAAUCAAGAUAAGAGAAUAUCUAAAAAAUAUUGAUAAUUGGUAACACUGGCAAUGGAAAAUCAACUUUGGUAAAUUGCUUAACUGGAAAUUAAGGUGCAAUAGUUGGAAAUAAUUCUAGAGGUGUCACAAAACUUCCUUCAUUCUAUAAAACUUAGAUUAAAGGGAGAAACUUUGAAAUUAUUGAUAUGCCAGGUUUCGGAGAUAGAGACAUUUCCUUUAAAAAGGGCAAAGAAAUCUGGAAUAAAUAUUUAAAAGGUUAAAGGAUUCAUGCCAUGAUUUUUACUCAUAAAUCAGUAGAUGACAGAUUAACACAAUUUGACGCUCUUUACGCAGAUAUAGUAAAGCAAUCAUUUGAGCCGCAUGAAUUCUCAUCUAGGAUAGUUAUGGGCAUCACAUUUUGGAAUCAUUAUGAAUAUGACAAAGGAAGAAGAGAUGAAAAAAUUAACCAUUUCUCCACAGAUCUAUUAGAUGAACUUAAUGAUAGCCUAGGGUUCAAAGGAGUUUAAAAUAAGAUUAAUACGACUUUGUUUUUCACAGACCAAAUAGACUAGUGCUGA